GUCCAUCGUUGCCACACAAUCUCAAUCGCAAUUGCCAAUUACUCAAUUAACUCCUGGUCAAUCGCCGAUGCCGGAUAGCCUCUCACUCUCUGGACGGACAGACGGAGUUCCGACCUCGGCAAAACGAAGCCACCACAGCAACUUCUAGGGGGUAGCGGUACACCCAAAAUCAAUAAAGAUUAGAAGGUCAAUCACCCAAUCUCACUUAAAUCAGCUUUGGACUUUGAUGAAGCUAAGGAGAUUGCUACUGAAAUGGAUGUUGAUCCAAUAUUUCCCCAAAAACGUUUGACUCGAAGAAAAAAGAGAGUGGAUGAGAGUUCAAGUAGCAAUGAAGUUUCCUUUGAUUCCGAAGAGAAUUUUAGAAUCAAUUAUUUCCUUUUCAUUGUUGACAAAGGUAUUACUUCUCUAGAGACAAGAUUUGAACAAUUCAAAGAGUUUGAGAAGUUAUUUGGUUUUCUAUUUCCGCAUAAGUUGUGGGGGAUUUAAGACAAAGAUCUUAAGUUGUCUUGUUAUACUCUGGCAAAUGCACUCAAGUAUGGUGAAAGAUCGGAUAUUGAUGCUGAAGAACUUUAUGCAGAGUUGAAGUUAUUUUGCACAUUAGAAACCAGUGAAUUUAGCAAUCCAAUUGAUGUUUUGAAGCAUUUGAAAGUUGAUCAUUUUCCAAAUGCAAGCAUUGCAUAUAGAAUAUUGUUGACUAUUCCAAUAACAGUGGCAUGUGCAGAAAGGAGUUUUUCCAAAUUGAAACUGUUGAAAUCUUACUUAAGAUCAACAAUGUCCCAAGAAAGGCUUAGCGGAUUGGCGAUAAUAGCAAUUGAGAAUGAAAUCCUUGAGAGUAUAGAUCAACCAAUUUGCUCUCAAGAGUGCUAGGGGAACUUCAAGAUUCCUCGGAUAGCCAUUAAGGGCCUUUAAUUUCUCGGAGACGGCCUUGCCCCCCCCCCCCAACAAAAUGCAUCCUUAGCU